GGAGAGAGAGGGGGAGGAAAAAAAAAGGAGGAGACUCCCCCGGCUUGGACUGCAGUCCGGAGCCACCGAAAGGAGAUUUACAUCCUCUUCUCCUUCCCGCGGCCGGAGGGGAGAGGACCGGGAGUUGUGGGGACAGCAUGGGCCAAGGGGCUGGAGGGAGAAGCUGCCCCCUGCGCCAGAGGCGGCGGCUGCUGCUGCUGCUGUUGCUGCUGGGGCGCUGCAGCUGGACAGCUGCCCUGCGAGGAAAUGAUAACAGUGAAGCCCUUCCAGAGUCUAUUCCAUCUGCUCCUGGAACACUGCCUCAUUUUAUGGAGGAACCAGAUGAUGCCUACAUUAUAAAAAGCAACCCCAUUGUCUUACGUUGCAAAGCUAUGCCAGCUAUGCAGAUUUUCUUCAAGUGUAAUGGUGAAUGGGUCCAUCAAAACGAGCAUGUGUCUGAGGAAAGCAUGGAUGAGACUACAGGCUUAAAAGUUCGAGAGGUGUUCAUCAACGUGACAAGGCAGCAGGUGGAAGAUUUUCACGGGCCAGAAGAUUACUGGUGUCAGUGUGUUGCAUGGAGCCAUCUAGGGACCUCAAAGAGUAGGAAGGCCUCUGUCCGUAUAGCUUAUUUACGGAAAAACUUUGAGCAAGACCCACAAGGGAAGGAGGUUCCUAUCGAAGGGAUGAUUGUUCUCCACUGUCGGCCGCCUGAGGGAGUUCCUGCAGCUGAGGUGGAAUGGUUAAAGAAUGAGGAGCCCAUUGAUUCGAACCUGGAUGAGAACAUUGACACCAGAGCAGACCACAACCUCAUCAUUCGUCAGGCACGUCUGUCUGACUCUGGGAACUAUACCUGCAUGGCUGCUAACAUUGUUGCCAAGAGAAGGAGCAUGUCUGCGACUGUUGUGGUAUAUGUAAAUGGAGGCUGGUCGUCAUGGACUGAGUGGUCAAACUGUAAUGCACGGUGUGGUCGAGGCUGGCAGAAGCGAUCGCGAACCUGUACAAACCCUGCUCCACUCAACGGAGGUGCUUUUUGUGAAGGCAUGUCAGUGCAGAAAAUUUCCUGCACUUCACUUUGCCCUGUGGAUGGAAACUGGGAGGUGUGGAGUGAAUGGUCUGUUUGCAGCCCAGAAUGUGAGCACUUGAGAGUUCGGGAAUGUGUUGCUCCGCCUCCAAGAAACGGAGGAAAAUACUGCGAGGGCUUGAGUCAAGAGUCAGAGAAUUGCACUGAAGGGCUUUGCAUUCAAGAUAUUGAGAAUGCCAGUGACAUUGCUUUAUACUCUGGCCUGGGAGCAGCAGUCAUUGCUGUCGCUGUGCUGGUGGUUGGUGUUACCGUUUACAGACGGAGUCAGAGUGAGUACGGCGUGGAUGUGAUUGAUUCGUCUGCACUGACAGGAGGCUUCCAGACAUUUAAUUUUAAAACAGUCAGACAAGGUAACUCCCUGCUUUUGAACUCAUCCAUGCAGCCUGACUUGACAGUGAGCAGAACAUACAGUGGACCAAUCUGCCUGCAGGAUCCCAUGGACAAGGAGCUAAUGACAGAGUCUUCACUGUUUAACCCACUGUCAGACAUCAAAGUGAAAGUUCAGAGUUCAUUCAUGGUUUCCCUAGGGGUGACAGAGAGGGCUGAAUAUCAUGGAAAGGCACAUUCUGGAACUUUUCCUCAUGAGAAUAGCAGGGGCUUUGGCACAAUACAUGCUAGAAGCAAGGCUACAUACAUUCAGAACCUUUCUUCUAUUUCAACAAAAAGUGAGCUGAAGACAACUGCCAUUUUUGGACACCUGGGUGGCCGUUUAGUGAUUCCAAACACAGGAGUCAGUCUGUUGAUACCACAUGGAGCUAUUCCUGAAGAGAGUUCAUGGGAAAUCUAUCUUGCCAUCAAUCAAAGGGAGUCCAGCCUACAGCCAGAUGGCACAGAUGUUCUUCUAGGUCCAGAAGUAAGUUGUGGUCCCUCAGAUGCAUCUGUCAGCACUCCAUUUGCCUUGACUAUACCACACUGCGCAGAAUUAAAUUCAGAGCACUGGAAUAUACACUUGAAAAAAAGGACACAACAAGGAAAAUGGGAGGAAGUGAUGUCUGUGGAAGAGGAAACUACUUCUUGCUACUGCCUGUUGGAUCCUUAUGCCUGUCACAUUCUCUUAAACAGCUUUGGAACUUAUGCUCUUAUUGGAGAGCCCAUCUCUGACUGUGCCGUUCGACAGCUGAAAGUAGCGGUUUUUGGAUGCAUGUCUUGCAAUUCUCUGGAUUACAAUCUGAGAGUAUAUUGUAUGGAUAACACACCCUGUGCAUUUCAGGAAGUGGCUUCAGAUGAAAAGCUCCACGGAGGACACUUACUGGAGGAACCAAAACUUCUGCAUUUCAAAGGGAAUACCUUCAGUCUUCAGAUAUCUGUCCUUGAUAUCCCUCCUUUUCUCUGGAGAAUUAAACCAUUUACUGCAUGUCAGGAAGUCCCAUUCUCUCGUGUGUGGUGCAGUAACCAGCAGCCACUGCACUGUGCCUUUUCACUGGAGCGCUAUACUCCGGCAACUACACAGCUGUCCUGCAAGAUCUGCGUCCGACAAGUCAAAGGUCAUGAGCAAAUUCUACAGAUCCAAACAUCCAUUCUUGAGAAUGAAAGGGAAACCAUCGCUUUCUUUGCACAUGAUGACAGCAACUUCCCUGCACAGAUGGGCCCAAAAGCCUUCAAAAUCCCCUACUCUAUCAGACAGAGAAUAUGUGCAACAUUUGACACACCCAGUGCCAAAGGCAAAGACUGGCAGAUGUUAGCACAAAAAAACAGCAUCAACAGGAAUCUCUCUUACUUUGCUACACAAAGCAGUCCAUCUGCUGUCAUUUUGGACCUCUGGGAAGCCCGACAUCAGCAUGAUGGUGACCUUGACUCCCUAGCAUGUGCUCUGGAAGAAAUAGGAAGGACACACUCUAAAAUCCCAAACAUAACAGAAACUGAGAUUGAGGAGCCUGACUUCAACUACAGUAGACAAAACGGACUUUAGUCAUCUCUUCUCCAUUCAAGAACCGAUGGCCAGCUUUGACUUUUACACUAGAGAAUCUCUUUGGCAGGGAGGAAAUAAAGGUUUGUGCACAUUGUGUAUAAGGAAACAGACAUUAAUUUCCACAAUGCAGUUUUCAUUUGGAGGAGCAGAAGUCGUCCCAUUACAAAUCAUCUCAGUAAUAAGGAAAAUUUAAGCUUCUCCCUGUCCUACAGCUCUCUCUCAUUUUAAAUUUUAAAAUAUGUUUUUCAGUGUCAAAAACAAAACUACACACCUACCAUUCCCAGGGGCAGGAAGGGUUGAAAUAAAUAGAGCUAUGAAAGGUAAAUGUUAUGAUGUAAUAUAUUUAGGAAACAAUAAUGCCAAUCAGAAGAAAAAAUGCCUAGUGAUAAUCAGUGAAUAUGAUAUUGAAUAUUUAAAGCCACGAGAGGUUACUUCUAGUUUAAAGGUUUGUCUUGGUGGGGCCUUGAGUCCCUUUUGUCCUGCAUCUCUCUAACUUACCAUGCUUCAAGGGUGGAUUUAAAAUGCCCUUUGAUAGCAUCGAGUCACUUUGUAUUUGCUGUAAUCUAGCUGCAGGACAGUUGAAAAUCAGGCAUUGUCCUAUUCAGACAUUUGAGGAAGUAGAAUAUCUCCUAUUUAAUUGUCAUCCAAACAAUUCACGUUAAAAAUUCAAUCACUUAAUGAAUGUACCUUUCUGCAGUUUUCCUGGCUAUUCUGUUAACUAAGUAACACAACAAAAUCUUCCUCUAUGAAACUACUCUGUGUGUGUGCCUGGGUGCACACGCGCGUGUGCAUGGGCGCAACAUGUGAGGCUUUCUAAAAGUUCUCAGUUUGCAGACUUAGUCAAAGUUAUUGUUGGGGGGGGUGGGGGGAAAGGGGGUUUAAACAACCAAAUGAAACACAGCAAAUUGACAGCCCCGUUUUAGCAAGUUGCACUUUUUUGUAUUACUGUAUUUUGGGACUAAAUUAAAAAGUGAAGGUGAAUUCAAUCAGCACAGCUUAAUUUUGGUUGGGUUUCAGAUUGAAGCAUUAAACCCUACAAGGUACUCCCAAAAAUUGGCUCGAGUUCAUUCUAGAAUUUGCCAGUUCAGCAGAAUUUUCACAGUUUCAACAGAAUAUAAUAAAGCUAGCUGUGUUGCACUUGGUUUAAUUACAAAGAUUUUGUAUUUACCACCAAAACCAGAAUUUAGCUAGAGAAUUCUCCUUAUUUUUCAUCCAUCUCAUACAAGAAUAAUUUUACUUCAACUGAACCAAAAAAAGUUGUCACUGUGAGUGAGUGUCCUAGUGAAACUGGUACUAAGCCAGAUUUAACCAGUAUUUUUACUCAUACAAUAUAUUCUUUAAAUUAGCCAAGGUGCUUGUUAGCUCUGGCCCUAGGCUAUCAGUCAGCUUUGGAGAUGUGAACACAAUCAGUAUAAAGCAGGAAUAUGACCAGGAUUUUAAGAAUGUUAUAGAAAUGCAAGAAACUGAAAACCAGACUUCAUUUUUUUUUACCCCCAGAUUUGGCUGAGAGGAGCAUGACAAGCCAUAGAGUACCUACUACCCCGUGUGCACAUUCAUAAUUAUCUGAAACUAUUUUUUCCACCCAAGAUUCCAGUUCUGAAAGUACAAUUAACAGCUCUUGAUGCCAGACUUUGCUUGUUCUCAUUGAUCUGAAAUUGCAACUUUCAUUGCUUUUCCAGCUCAGCAGUCUGGAAUAGAUCCAGUAAGUCUAAACUUACUUAAAAAUACUUAGACUCUCCUAAACAUUUUUUGCCUGUUAGUACUUCAUGCCACUGGACAUGAGAUUUCCUGUUUGGAAUGGGAAAUCAUAAUGGCUGCAAGCGUAUUUAAGACCAAGACAAAAAUACCAGCUUAUUCGGCAGCAAGCUGUCACUGUAAUCAGCAGCACAUGGUUCUUUUUGUUUGAAUUUUAUUUCUAGUGACUUCAUUCCUCCUCCUCCGAAACCUGUUCUGCAUUGGACAAAAAUGUCAUGAAUUAAAAAAUGAAAAAUAGGCAAUGGCAUCCACAGCAGAGCACUGUGCAGUUUUAGUGAGCUGCCGUUGUCUGGGAAACCUGCUACAGUCGCUCUCCAGCAGUUAAUUUGUUCUUAGCUUCUUUUCAGAUGCAGUUUUAAUUUGGUUGUUGCUUUUUCAAACUAGCUUAGGUUAGUCACCACAAUAUAGAUACCUAAGUACUACCAUACAGGUUCUGUAACAUAUUCAUGUCAUUGUGAAGCUCUAUAUGUUUUCCAAAUAUACUAGAGCUAAACACAGCAUAUGGGGUUGAAAACAGCUGCUAUGUAGAGUUCAUAUCUUAAAGCUUUUUCUCAGGAAACUCAGUGUUUACUUUUAAGACUCUGGUAGCUCUGAAAAACCUCUGUGUACAGUGACACCCAGCUCUGCAAAGCCUAGAGAGAAACCAGCAGCUGUCUAGACCAACCUCCUCCAAAGUGCACCUGAAAGGGCCUUCAGACUGAAGGGAUGCAUUUUGCAUGUUUUUUAGGCUGAAGAACCCUAGUCUAUUCUGUCUCUCUGAACAUCCUUGUUGUUGUUCUCUGUAUCUUCUCUAGUUCUUCUAUAUCUUUUUGGAGAUGGAGUGACCAAUGACCUGUCUGCUUUGCAGCAACAAAUAUGCAGGCUAAAUCACUCAAUUCCUCCAGUUCCUCAAUUUGUCACAGUUCCAAAUUCAGUACCAAGCAUCACAACAGAUGAGGAUCUUUCUAUAGCAUAUAGCCAUGAGAAAUGCCCGUGAGAGAGUGUAGGACCCCUGAGAAUGCAGGAACUGACUUUACACUGCUAAUUAAUUUACUCAAACUAAUGCAUCAUCAAGAGUCGAUUCAGCUGCUUGAACAUCCAGAAAAUAAAACCUGUGAGCAAAAACUGUGUAGCUUAAAGAUAAGACUGAGAAGUGACAAAGAAGAGUUCAAAAUAAUUAUAAAACAGGACCACAAAAUACCACAAAAAGGAGAAAUAUGUUCUUCAUGACAGAAAGGAGGAAGUAAUGGGUCAAGAAGAACUUAGGUUAUACUUUUGAGUGGAAAAACAGGCUACAAACUUUUUCUAUUCCCUUUUCCCCUACCCCUGGGAAAUUUGCAUCUGUUGAUUACCUGAUGUAGCUGGUACAGACAUGGUUGUUUUCUGAUGCUCUUUCUGUCGUUUUAUGUUAGCAUCAUGGGAUGAUAAUAAUACUUAACAUUUUUACUCAUAGAGGCUAAUGUCAGUUCUCCUCCCCUUUUAUGUACUGUCCCAGUUUUAGAGAUGGAAAAAUUAAAAAGGGGUUUUUUUGGAAGUGUUUCAUGUAAAUGAGGCAGCCACAAAUGGAUUUUGUGCUACCAUUAACAAAGAGCCAUACAAUUUAAGUAAAGAUGUUAAAUGGUUCCUCCUCUUUUCCACAGUAGGAGGCAGCUGAUUUUUGACAGCUUUUUUUCCACAAAGUCUGUGGUAAGGAUGCUUUGCAAUAUAAUAUUCUCUCAGAAUGAUAAUUCAGAAUUUUAUGCAAAUACUAUAUGAAUAGAUCUCUUGAAAAUGAUUUGCACUCUUAAAAUUCCAGAAGCACAUUUUCAAUAUCUAUGUUAUGUAGAUUUUUUUUUGAAAAUCUGGACAUACCUGAUUUGAUCCAAAAGGCAGAUGUUAGUCAGCAUCUGAACCAGGAUUAGAUGCCAGAAAUUCAAAAUUGAUUCCCUUCCUCUAUUUUAUAAAUUAUGACUUUUGUGGGAAAAAAGAAAAAAAAAACUCUUUGCAAACAAAAAAGUAAAAGGAAGAGAAAUCCUACAUUGAACACUUAAGAUUCUGUCUAGCUGCCCUGAGUCUGAUAGAGUGAAACAGACAGGUUGAUUUUACAUCACCUAAGAAUCUGCUUAAAUAUAUUUUCAUCUUCCAAAGCAUUUUUUCCUGGCUAUUUCUGCACAGUGAGUCAUUUAAGACUAAUAGUUGUGUUUUAAAAAUGACUUACAGUUUUGUCACCAAAAUGGUGCACUUCACAGCUUUGCAGACUGCAGCAUCAUAAAGUUAAUUUCCAGUUUUUACAAUAUUGCUUUUGCAAUCUUAGUAGCUUACAUUAAAAUCCUUUAAGCCACACGGAAAGGCUGCCUGCUCCAUAGAUUUAAAUGCAAACUUCAUUUACCAGUGCAAGUCCCAUAAAGCCAAGAUACGCUCCCAGAAAUAUUUUACUGGGCUUUUUGUAAUAGAUGAAAAGGUACUGACACAAUUCUCUUAAAAGACAGAGAGCUAUUAUUAUUAUUGGUUUUAUUAUUAUUUUUAUCUCUGGCAACAGCUGGUCUCUUCCUCUCUGGCCUGUGCACAGUUUGCGGUGCGAGUUAAGGGAGAAAAGAGAGAGCUCUCUUUUUAGGAGUACAAGGUAUUGGCAUCAUACAAGAGGUCCAUUCAUAUAUUUUCCUUUGAAAGACAGUGCUAUAUGGGAGUUUUAAACAUUCAGUAAUUGUUCAAUUCCAGAUAAUAUUUCCCACUAUGAAAAUAAUAGCUCGUGUAUACAGCUAAGCUAAAACAAGUAAGAAACGGUUGUGGAUUUCUGUUCCUGAUUAGACCGUUUUCAGUCUGUUUCUGCCUACAAUACACAGACUCAGACUUACUUUUAAACAAAGAACUGCAUUAAGUCUGGGAUCAUAAUUAACUGAGUGAAAAAAGGAAGUUAUUUCAAAGUCCUCAGCAACUGUGAAUGAUCUGAAAAUUUGUCUUUCUAGCUUUUGUUUUACUAAUUUGAAUUAUUUACACUUUUUACACAGGAGUAGAGGUGGUCACAUUAUUCAUUGAGAACCUUUUUCAUGUUAAACCUGCUGAAGAGUUUUCUAUGGCUUGUUCAUUCCUGGUGUAUGCUUUUAACAAAAUUACUCCCUUGACAUUAUUCCUGCUGUAGGAGAGGUUAUCUGUUUUUCUGCAGCAGCAUGUCAAAUAGUACGUGUACCCUUUUCUUUGAUAGAUAAUGAUUGUCUAGUUAAAAUUAGUUAAAACUUAAGGGAUUCCUGGACAAACACAGUAAGAUAAAGCACUAGGUAUAUAACAGACUUAAUACUUGCAGUGACAAAUCAAACUCCAUACAUUGGCAAAAGAUCAUGAAUCAUUUCCUAAAAAUGAACAAUCUAGCUCUUCACAUUACAAUGGUAAUAUUAAUGGUCUGAAAAAUCUCCUUUCCAACAUGAACAAAAACAAAUAAAUCAUUCUAAGAUUAAAGAAUCCCUUAGAGAAUCAUUUAAUAGUAACAGUAUCUGUAAUGCAGAAAACAGAACUGAUGUUCUGCUCAUUGUCACAAGUAAACUAAAAAAGCUGUCAGUAUCCAUGUUCACUGUUCUGUCCAAAAAUAAAAUAAUGUCUAGGAAUUUGCCACUAUAUUUUUUGUAUUGGAGGUGAAUAGUACAGAUUCUAAUAGUAUUUCUUGUCUGGGGCUGGGGUGGGUAGGGUUGUAUUGUAAUUUUCAAGUUAUUGCAGAAGCUGCUUUUAAAUAAGCUGUUCAGUCGUGUUGAAUAACUGGUUUGUGCUUUACAAGGGAAUCCAGGUGAGCCAGGAUUCAAUGGGUAGCCUCCUUGCCUUGCUGUUACAGGGUAACUACAGCUGAAGUCACUUGUGAAGAUUUAGUUUAGGGAUAGGGAGAUUAGAUGACCCAUCCCUGCUCUGUAAUGUAGUGUACUGUAACCUGCUGAGAUUAGACACUCACCUACUGUAGAACUGUGGUUUUGUCAGCAGCUGCUUAGUGUGUCUGCCCCCGGUGUGAUGACCUUGGUUAAGAAUGUCCUUCCACAGAUUUAGGAUGAUGUCAGCCCCUACGUGUUAUCUGGUCUCUGUAUAUAUAUCCUACUGUCUAAUCCCAAAAGGAAAUGUGUAGCACAAAAUGAAGUUAAGGGUGCUGUGCACCAAGCCUGGUCUAAGUUUUUUCUGAUAUGGAGGCAUGGGGAAGACACGGAUGUAACAGCAAGUAUAUUUGCUACAGAGAACAAGAUUAUUGCCUAACAGAUCCUCACUUAGAACUGGCUGAAGCUUUGUUUUUGCAGUCAAAAAAUUUAAGACCUGGUAUUUCCUAUAUUGAAAUUUGGAAUAUUAACUUUAUGGUGAUGAUAUCUUUUCAAAAUUCCUUCAAAGGGAAUAUUCACAUUAAAUCUUCUGUAAGCCUUCUGUAUUCUCCCCACUUUCCAACUAGAAAACAGAUACCAUUACUGAAACUCAUACAGUUCCCUGAUGCAUCUGUAAGCAGUAUACAGAUGCCUCACUGGGGAAGUAGCAUAAAUAUACUUCUAGCCUAUAUUUGGGAACAGCAAACUUUGACAUCAUAUAAUUUGACACUUGGGAGAUGCAGAAGCCUCUUCCCAUUUCUUAAUCAAAUUCAUUCCCAUUGUAACUUUGCUGAUCUUAUUUUAUAUCUGAGUACAAAAACAUUAAGUAUACACCUUUGCUAAUUUGGAUGAGGUAAAAUGUGGUGCUGGUCAGUCUGUUGAGUCCUAAAUCAAUGUUAUGCAUGAGUAGACCUACCUGAAAAAUUUCCAUUGUAUUUUCAACUUCCAAAGCUUUUAACCAGCCUUUAUGCUGAAAAGGGGAGGGAGGAACUUUAACCUAAUCAAAUACUUUCCCACUGAAAUGCUGGGGUGGGGGUGGGGAGUCUAUACACAGCACUACUAUAAAAGUAUUCCUCUACUGAGACCUAUUUCUAAGACUUUUCUCUUCUACUCCUUUAUUUUUACAAUGAACACUUCUCCCCAUGGUUUCAGUGUGUUUAGAACUGAAAAAAGAGCAGAGGUUUGAAUGCUUUCUUUAGUAUGAAGCUGAAGGAGCAAGGAAGAGAGACAGAAGAACAUUAAAUAAAAAAGCAUGGCCUUGGCUUCAUACCACACUUUCUGUGCCUUGUUCUAUCAAUGUAAAUUCUGAAUGUUGUACAGUAAAAUACUUGGGAAAGAUUCCUUGGAAAAGGCUGCACUGGCUUCUUUUUUCAGCACAUGUACAUAUAUAAAUAUAUAUACAUAUAUAUAUUUGGUAAUGCCAAACAGCUGUGUUAUAUUGUACUGAAAAAAAUAAUAAUGGACAGUUUGGAUGUUUUAUGUAGAGUUUGCAAAAAUUGUAUGGCUAUAGCCUUUUGAAAAUAAAUGUACAGACAUAAAUUACUGCAUAUCAGUUAUUUAUGAAUAAAGAGUCUUUUACUGACA